GAAGAAACGAAGCGGUCUGCUUGGUUUAAUAAAGUGUAUUCCUUAUUAGUGUAAAAAUGAAGAAGCAUAAAUAUAAACAUAUAGUAAAGCAACCAAAACGGCUGUAUGAAGUUUCUGUGGAAGACCUCUGGGAUGAAAUAAGUCAUUUGAAAUCAUAUGUUUCUAAUCUAAAAGAUGAAAACCAAAAACAGAAAAUCCAGUUGCUUAAGAUGGAGAAAGCAGUGCGCACAAGAGAUCAACAAAUUGAACACUUAAUGAAUCCAAUAAAUAAUUCACGAAUCAUGCAGAUCAUUUCAGAUAAAGCAGUCACUCUGAUAAUGGAGUUAACGAAACGGAACAAACACUUGGAGAAAAAAAUUGUUGAGAGAGAGAGUUUUAUACAGAAACUGCAGAAAACAAAUAACACAGCUGUUCAAAAUGUACAUGUGUCAAGAGCACAGAAAUCAUUGCACCACAAGGAGGGAACAAGAUCAACAAGUGCAUUGAGUAACUUGAUAGCUACAUCACGUGAUUUACCUACACCAUCCGAUAUUUUUCUUGAUGUGGAUAGUAGCGGAAUCAGUUGUCCUGUUAGUUGUGUGAAAUUUUCCACAUGUUCACCAACUUCACAUGCCAGUGAUGCAUCUAUUAUGAAAGAAACUUCACUUUUCAGAAAUGAUGGUGAUUCUCAGCCAGGGAUUGCAGGAGAAGAUAUUCAGAAUAUAGGUGAAACAAUACCAGUAACAGAAAUGACUGAAAAGAAGUCAGUACACAUCAGCACAGCAACAGGUGCAGAGAAUCCAGAUUGCUCAGAUUUUGAAAUUUUUGAUAAUUUUUGUUAUACAAGUGAUCCUGAGGAAACAUUAGAUGACAGUGAUGUAAAAAGAUUAAUUAAAUCUGUCAGAAAAUUAAAGAAACAGAGGAAGAUUAUGUUACAACUAGUAGCAGACAAGAACAAUGAAAUUCAACUUUUGGUGUCUCAUAUAAAGACACUUGAAGAAAGGAAAGACAGAAUAUGUGAAUUAAAAAUGCAGAGAGCAUGUGAAAGAAGCAGAUACACUGGAGACUAUGGCUUGACAGAACUGUUACAGAAUGAUGAAACUGGAAAGCUACCUCCAGAUUCUAGAAAAGAAGCUCGGAAACGAAGAAAAAUUGCUCCCUCUGCUGUUAAAGUGCCAACAGCAGUAGCACCUGUUUCUGAUUCUCAUAUUGGUACAGGAAAAAUUCAUAAACAACCAAAGGAAUUUCAUAAACAGAACAUUAAGAUUUGCAGGCCACAACUGGCCCAUCGGGACCAUCCGACCGCCCUGCCAUCCUCAGCUGAGGAUGCGGAUAGGAGGGGCACGUGGUCAGCACACCGCUCUCCCGGUCAUUAUGAUGGUGUCCUUUGUCCGGAGCCGCUACUAUUCGGUUGAGUAGGUCCUCAAUUGGCAUGAAGAGACUGAGUGCACCCCGAAAAAUGGCAACAGUGCGUGGCGGCUCGGAUGGUCACCCAUCCAAGUGCUGGCCACACC